AGCUGCUGGGUUGACAGGACACUGAUGAGAAGUGGAAUUCGUCAUAGCUUGACAGACGGAGAUGGUAUUCUGUUGGCUAACCGGAAUAUGAUUUAGGAGUGCUAGAAGAAUGCUGCAGCCUUCCUGGGGUGACGACUUUAGGGUUUCAUGAUCCAGAGCACCUGCAUUGUUCUCCUGCGAUGCGUUGACGAAACCAAGACGAUAGUGACGAUUAAAAGGGACCCGGACCUGUCAAGGCGCAACACCUAGCUAGCGCAGCAAUUCCGACGUCUGAAAUCCUUUUUGGCGGAUAUCCCUUGCUGGUGCUCCACGCUGCUUUUGCCGGGGAAUGUAGGCAGCAGCACCUACUGCAGCAUUUUGUCAGCAUUUUGCCAGGGAUUGAGACGACAGACUGCUGAUCAGUUACAUCUGCGGAGCAGCUAUGAUUCGACUCGGCUUCUGCUUCUGACUGCGAUAAGAGAUUGUGUAUAAGUUUAUUCUGAGGAGCUGGUAUGAUCAGGGAUGGGAGGCUGGCGGCAGCAGUGGCCGCUGCGAAGGCAGCUGCAGCCGAGAAAGCAGCAGCGGCAGAGAGAGCAGCAGCAACUGAAGCAUCUCAGGGGGGCCCAGGCGGCCCAGGCUCCCAAGGCGGCAACGCUGCUGCAGAUUCCACUGCUCCUGCUGAAGCAGCGGGAAUGGUUAUAGAUGGACGGCUGGGAGGGACUGUGGCUAUAGAUGGACGGCUGGCGGCAGCUGUGGCUGCUGCGAAAGCAGCGGCGGCAGAGAGAGCAGUGAAUGAAGCGGUGCAGAUGGUCGGAGACGCUAAUGCUACAAACACCACGGCUUCCAAUGUUGCAUUGACCCAGAUCGCUGGCUUAGACGAGUCCCACAAUGGACAAGGGAUGGUUACCACCAGCAGUGCUGAGCGGGAAGACAACAGAAGCUCGGCCCAGCAGAAGCAGCAGCGGAAGCGGGACCAGAGUCAGGCGACCCCUCGAGAGCAGGAGCUGCAGCAGCAGCACGAGAGCGAGGGUGUGACAAGCCAGGUGUCUGAGAGCAGAGGAAGCAACGGCCAGGGCGGGCAAGGCAGAGCGGUGGGAAGGGAGGGGGGUGCGUCGCUGCAUAGGUUGGAGGCGAGGAAGUACGGUAGAGAUGGCGAACGAGGAGUGGAAAGGGGAGGGGAGGGCCGGAGGCGCACCCGGAGCAACGUCUCCCUGAUGGACACUGGGGUGCUGCGGCUGGAGGAGGAGGUGGAGCGGGAGCUCGCGAGGCAGGAGAGGCUGGUGGAUCUCAUCGCCAUGGCAGGGGCCGACAUGCCCACACUACCCGUGCAGGAGGAACAAGACCGAGCAGAACGGCAGCUGCACAGGGACGUGCAUCACUGGGGCGACGAGGUGGGGCACACGCGCAAGCUGCUGCUGGAGCUGAACGUGGAGAGGGUCAACCUGGAUCGAGCAUUGGAGCAGGCGCACUUGGCCGUGGGGUCACCUGGCGCCGUGCGCGCCAUACACACGGCACAGAUGCAGCUGUUGCAGCUGACGGCGCAGCGGGAAGUGCUCAAGGAGCUGAUUCAGAACGAGAGGAAGGAGAACGAGAAGCUGACGGCGCAGCGGGAAGUGCUCAAGGAGCUGAUUCAGAACGAGAGGAAGGAGAACGAGAAGGUAGAGGAGUUUCUCGACCAGAUUCUGAGUGACCCUGCACUAGAUGCCACCUCCCCCGUCUUCGCCUCCCUCAUAAAGGACCUCAUCAACACACUCAACACCAGUGCACAUGUCCCUUCCACUGUCACUGCUGCUAUUGGUGCCGCCUCUGCUGCUGCCGCCGCUGCAGCUGCCGCUGCUUUUGCUGCUGGUAGUGCCAUAGGAGGGGGAGCAGGAGGGGGGGAUUUCUCUGCCUCUUUUUCCCACGCUGGUGGAUCUCGGGCCUCGAUCCUCGGGCAUAGUCACUCUACCCUUUCGUCCAGCACCCAGUUGCAUAAGCUGAAGGACCUUCUAAAGGAUGUGACUGAUGGGCGGAUGGGCUUAGAAGAAGAGGAUAUGAUGCAUCUGAAAGGGGGUAGUGAUUCCCACAUGGCGGGAGGAGGAGGGGGAGACGGAGGGAGCUCAGCCUGGGGUGCAAGAUCAGGCGUUCACUAUAGGUCUGGAAGUGGCGGUGAUCCUGGUGCUGUGGCGGGUGGCAUCGGGUAUAGUGGUGCAUCUGCUGCUGCUGCUGGUGCUGCUGGUAACGCGGUUACCGGUGGUAAGCCGUUGAGUCGGGGCAUGUCUCCGUUUAGGAAUUUAGGCAGGUAUUUAUCGUCCACUGAGGCUGAUUUGCGAAGUCUGGCGGACGCUGCGAAGGGCAACAACACUAGCAGCAGCAGUGGUGCUGGUGGUGUGGCAGCGGGUGGGAAGGGCGGGGGAGAGUUGGAGGACGAAGAGGAUUAUCUCAUCCCCCCUCCAGCCACACGAUCACUCACUCAGCCGUCUCUCACGCGCUCCUUUGCCCGCCGCGCCUCUGACAAUAGAGAGGAGCUCAAUAAGGUUGAUGCUCCUGCGCUGGGCAUCCCCGAGCUGCCUCGCCACACGUCUGCUGAUCUCACAGGUGCCGUGCCGCUUGCCCUGGCCUCUAACACCGGUCUGGUUGCUGCUAGGAGCGCGUCUGCAGAGGGUUUUCAGGCAGCUGCUGGGCGUGGGGAGGGCGAGAGCGGUCGUGGUCCCCCACGUGCACGCCGGGGGUGUUUUCUCGAUUCAGCCGCAGCGCCUCUGCCGCGCAUCGGUCAGGCGCUUCAGUUGCCGAUGCUGAUGCCUUGGAGCAUGCCCAUGGGGGUGGGCAGGGCCAUGCCGAUAGGCAUGGGCGUGGGCACGGGCACGGGCAUGGGCAUGGGCAUGGGCACGGGCACGGGCAUGGGCAUGGGCACGAGAAUCCGCACGAAUUGAGCUUCAAGGAAAGAAGAGGUGAGGAUAGCCCGAGUGUCCUUCAAGAAGAGAAAGGUGGUGGCGGCGGUGGAGCGGCAGGCGCUACCCUCAGGUCCCAGUCCCUCAAAGUGGCCUCAGACGCAGGCAGCACGGUCAGCAGCAACACGGCCAGCAACACGGACAGCAACACGGACAGCAGCAGCAUGAUCGCUCUUGCCUCCGACUCCCUCAUACCCUCCAUUCUGCUCGCGAGCAACAAGAGCCCGAGCGCAUGCGACCCUCGCUCUCCUUCCGCCGGGCCAAAACCCCCGACAGACAUCGC